AUGAGGAAGUUGAAGUAUCAUGAGCAGCGGCUCCUGCGGAAGGUGAAUUUCCUGCAAUGGAAGACGGAGGGCAACGAGCGAGAGCUGGAGGUCAUGCGAAGAUACCACAUCACCGAACGCGACGAUUACUCCAAGUACAACCGGCUGUGCGGUAAAAUCACAAAGCUGACAACACUGCUCAAGAAACUGGAUCCCUCCGACCCCUUCCGCAUCGAAAUGACUGACCAGCUUCUUAACAAACUCUACAACAUGGGAGUCAUUCCCACACAGAAAAGCCUCAACCUUUGCGAUAAGCUCUCCGUCUCCUCGUUUUGCAGACGAAGGCUAGCAGUGGUGAUGGUGCGAUUGAAGAUGGCUGAGCACAUGAGGGAGGCAGUGGCGUUUGUGCAGCAGGUAGGAAAGUUGUGUUUAUUUGGGUGUGCAGGGGUGUGCAGGUGUGGUCACAGCAGGCUAGCAGUGGCGAUGGUGCGAUUGAAGAUGGCGGAGCACAUGAGGGAGGCAGUGGCGUUUGUGCAGCAGGGACAUGUGCGCAUCGGCCCAGAAGCCGUGAGGGACCCGGCGUUUCUGGUGACGAGAGCAAUGGAGGACAUGCUGACAUGGGUGGACACGAGCAAGAUCAAGCACAAGGUUCUACAGUACAACGAUAAGGUUGAUGACUAUGAUUUGCUCAAUUGA